AUGGCCAAACCACACACUCUGGUAGAUACUAUAGAAGUUGCUCAACUACAAGAAAAGAACUUGGAGGCUAUUAGGAAAACACAGAAACCUAUAACUCAGAAAUACUCCAUUAACUCAACCUCCCAAGUGGUUAAUAGGCAGGCCCCUGCAUCCCAGACCAAAUACAAAUGGCCUAAUGAAAGCUUUAAGAAACCUAGAACUAAUUACAGCAAGGGAAACAAGAUAAGAGAACCUUCAACAGAUCAGUUCAGGAAAAUCACCUUAACAGAAUUCAAUUAUAGGCAAGAGAAGGGGUUGUUUUACAAGUGUGCAGAACCUUACACCCUAGGACAUGUCUGCAAGCAAGUUCAAAUACAAUACAUCCUAGUGGAUGAGCCUAUUGAUAUGAUGGAACAUACUAGAGAAAUAGGAGAGCGGGUUGAGGAGUUCUAUGAUUACCUUGAAGGAGAGCUGAGUAAUGAGCACAUAGAAGUAUCCAUUCAUGCUCUUGCUGGAGGGAAAGAGCAUAGAACCUUCAAGUUGAGAGGAAACCUAGGAAGGAAAGAGGUUUUGAUGCUAAUAGAAAGUGGUAGCACUCAUUGUUUCACUAAUGAAAAAUUAGCUAUACACCUUCAACUACAGAUGACUGGAGCCCCACUGGUAGUUAAAGUAGCUAAUGGUGAGAGGUUGGAAUCUAGACAACUCAAUAAGCCUCUAGAAUGGAAGGUACACGGACAUAAAUUUCAACACAACUUUAACACCUUGAGGUUAGGGAGCUAUGAUAUUGUGUUGGGGGUUGAUUGGUUGGCCAAAUAUAGUCCUAUUGAAUUUGACUUCAAGGGACUGAACAUGAAGUUUCACAAAGGGAAAGAAUUGGUGGAACUAAGAGGGGAAUCUAGGGAAUUGACACUUAAAGUUAUCAAGAGGAGUAGACUAGAUAAAUGGAAGAAAAAACAAGUGUAUGGAAUCACUGCUCAGUUGUUUGUGGGAUUGCCUCCCAUCAGGAGCCAUGACCAUGGAAUUCCUUUGAAGGAGGAAGUUAAACCCUUUCAGAUUAGGGCAUACAAGUGCCUAUAUGUACAGAAAUCAGAGAUACAGAAGCUAGUGAAGGAAAUGUUGCAAAUAAGGAUUAUUCAACCCAGUAAUAGCUCCUUUGCUUCUCCUGUGCUACUGGUCAAGAAAAAGGAUGGCAGUUGGAGAUUCUGUGUGGAUUAUAGACAACUUAAUGAACCUACAGCAAAAGACAAGUUUUCUAUGCCUCUAAUUGAUAAGUUGCAAAGAGCUAAGUAUUUCACAAAGAUUGAUUUGAGAGCAGGUUAUCACCAGAUCAGAGUCAAGGUGGAAGACAGACAUAAAACUGCCUUCAGGAAUCAUCAAGGGCUAUAUGAAUUCAUGGUCAUGCCAUUUGGUUUGACUAAUGCCCCAACCACAUUCCAAAGUUUAAUGAAUCAGGUUUUUAGAGAACAGUUGAGGAAAUAUGUUGUAUUUUUUGCUGACAUCCUGGUGUAUAGCUCAUCACUAGGAGAUCACUUAAAGCAUAUUGCAAAGGAAGUUUGUGAAGGGUACGGAUCAAUAGCAAAGCCUCUUACAACACUACUAAGGAAGGGAGAAAUUCACUGGAAUGAAGAAGCUGAGGAAGCAUUUCAGAAGUUGAAAUUAGCCAUGUGCAGCACUCCUAUUCUGGCUUUACUAGACUUCAACAGGCCAUUUAUAAUAGAAAUUGAUGCUUGUUAUGGAGGCGUGGGAGUAGUCCUUAUGCAGGAUAGAAGACCUAUUGCUUAUCUAAGCCAAAGUCUGGGACCCAAGAAUAUGGGGUUAUCCAUCUAUGAAAAGGAACUACUAGCACUUAGAAUCACCGCAUCAUUUCAGCAGAAAUGGCUCACUAAGCUACUGGGAUUGAGCUCUGAGAUACACUAUAAAAAAUGGAAUGAGAAUGUGGCCGCAGAUGCACUAUCUAGGAGGGCAAGCAAUGAGGUGGGGGAGUAUGCAGAGCUAGCUUGCAUUAUCCCUGAAUGGGUGAAAGAGGUGAUGGAGAGUUAUCAGGGAGAUGAGCAAGUUUAG